UAUUCCAUCUAAUAUGGUCUAAGCUUUUUCAUUUCGAGUAUAAAAAGGCCAAUUACAGCUAUAAUUUAAACAAGACUGACUCAAAGGUCCAAAAUGAACUCCUUCGCAUGACGCCGGCAUAACUAGGCGGGGUGAUUAUUCAAAACAAAUUAUAGAGUCCCAAGUCUAAACCGUCUGUAUGACCAAAGAGUACCCACUCUUUGGUAUGACCCAAGGUUCCAAGGAAUAUUUGUACAAAAAAAUCAGAAUUGUAAGCGUAUAUCAACUUUCGAACUUCUAGAUUUUACUGUUAGUUUGACAGUUAACAUUCAAAAUGUCUAAAAAAUCUUUGCUACACAAAAGUUCAUCGAAGAGCAACUCACAUUCGGUUCGAAAAGAACGAUCUUCACUCAUCAAAGAAAAAAAGCAAUUUAUCUCGGAACUGAAUUUUGAAGAAUCAUUAAAACCAUAUUGGAAACAAUUUUGUGGCACAAAUUUCCCAAAACUUAAACUUUUAAUCGCCGAACAACCAAUUGGGAUUUUCUCUAGUUACGAAAAGAAGGUGCAAGUAAAAGUAGACGAACCCGAGAUAAUGUUAAUAUUUAACGAGUUGCAAGCCGUUUUAAACUGCAUAAUUUUCAAAAAUGUGAUUGUAAAUAGAGGACUUUUAAUAUCCCUAAGGAAAAUUUUGCACGGGUUCGAUGUGCUCCGGACAUUAAAAUUGGAGUAUUGUGGUUUGAAGAAUACUGAUAUUAGAACCGUCAAAACUAUCGUGCAAAGUUACCCUAACAUUCAGACUCUAAGCGUGAAUGGAAACCCAAAUCCAUUUCAAAAUUUCUACAUAUUAAUCAAAGAUACGCAUUUACUCUAUUUAUCAGCAAGAUUUUGUCAAAUUAAUGACAGAGGCACGAAACUGAUAGCAAACCAACUGAAACUGCCAUACGAUCACCCCCUGCGCGCUAUCGAUCUGUCUAGCAAUUUUAUAUCUGACACGGGUGCUGAGUUUCUAUCUGAAGUGUUGCGUGUCAACCGAACUUUAUUGUCUUUAAAUUUAGCUGAUAAUUGGAUCACAGACGCUGGUGUACACUCGGUGGUUAAUAUAUUAGGGAAGUUUAUUCUUACACCGGACGAAUGUGUUAUAAGAAGGCGAGGAGUACUAAAUUAUUUAAGGGAUAAAGCUAAAACGAGCGAACCACAUGAAGGAAAUGGACAAAGUUCCAGUAGCCUAUUUCAGAAAUCCUGUUCCGAAACGUUGAAACCUGAAAAAGAGAUACAUAAAAAAAUAAGCAGAGCUCACUCGUUACCUUCAUCGGGAAAGAAAGAGUCGAAACUGUCACAAACAAAAAGAUUAUCAUUGAGUACUGAAAAGUUGGCUUGGAGUGCUUCCGAAGUAUCUAUAAAACUGGAUCCGCAUCCAUUUGUGAAAGACACAUAUAGUGAAGGACAAGAAAUUUGGUGCACUGGAAAUUUGGCACUUGCACAUUUAAAUAUAUCAUAUAAUACAGUCACGAUCGCAUCACUCGAUAAAAUAAGGCAAGUAGUGUCCUAUCAACAGGAACACACACAAGGAAAUGGAGGAUUAAGCUGUAUUGUAAUCCAAGGCACUUCCGCGCAGAAUGACUGUGAAGAAUCCAACUACUUGAAUUGUCUGACGACCGAAUUGGGCCGAUUUUCCUCCUUAUCGAACAACAGUAAAUCAAGCAAACAGAAGAAGUCCUCUCUUGUAAGGAUUGGAUCAGGCUUUAAAUAAAGAUUUAAAUUUCCCGCCAUAUUAUAUUUAACCUUAAAAGGAAUAAAAAGUUAUUUCUAUGAUUAAUAAAAAUUUAAAUUAUAUAAUUAUUCUUUUUCUCUGUGAAGAUUGUUUCAAAAGAGCCUUUGCUGUGGAACAGAAUUUUACUAACCAGAUGGCUUCUUCACGGCACUACGUUUUUGUUUAUGGUACAUUAAAGACAAAUGAACCCAAUCAUCAUUGGUUUUAUAAGAAUGAAGCUGGCCACUCCAAUUUUAUAUGUAAUGCACAAACGAUAGAGAAGUAUCCAUUGAUUAUUGCAACGAGGUACAAUGUUCCGUUCCUUCUACAUAGUGCAGGUGUUGGACAUUACGUCAAAGGAGAAAUCUAUGAAGUUGACGACAUCAUCUUAAAAGAUUUGGACGAAUUGGAGGAACAUCCCACCUUUUAUGUGCGGGAAGAACACUUUGUAAAAUGCAUAGACGGUAGUGAAAAGAAUAUGAAAGUAUGGAUAUAUUUUAUUAAACAAUUUAAUCAAAAAUUGUUAAAUCUACCAAUGCUUGAUCAUUACACAAAUGAAGGUGAAGUUCAAUUUCAGUACGUGCCAAGGUAUGAUCGUAAUCCAGAGUACGAUAUCAAACAACUAAUUUUGUUAUAAUUGUUUUAGUGACGAAUCUAAAUUAGCGGAUCUCCUUUAGCAUAAAACGUGUACUGAAUUGUUGUAAAUAAAAAAAUUGUUUUAU